AUGGCUAAUUUAAAAUCUUUUUUAUGUUUUUAUUCUCAUCUUCCGAUAUGUGCUAAGCAUUUCGUGAAAAAUGAUCCUCUUGACAUCAUUAAAUUUAAUACCAAAAACCGAUACUUUUCUAACUCCAUUGUAUGCCAAGGGAAGUCUAAUAUAGGCAACAUUAAUUCUUUAGAAGCACGGUUAAAAAUUAAUAAUGCAGCCAAUUCUCAUCAAUCGUUUUCUUUACUUUGGAAACCAUUUUUGUUCACGGCAAUUUUUUCUGGUGCGAGUUUUGCUGGAACUGCUAUUUGGCAGUAUGAAAAUAUUCGUAAAAAGGCCUUUUUACUUUUGCAAAAAAAUUGGAUUACAGACAAACUUGUAGUGUAUAGACAGAAAAAGUACAAAUGGAGGCAAGAAUUUAACAAACUAUGGAAUCGUUUAACAGAAGGUGAAAAACUGUUUGUUCCUAUAUGUUUCAUAAAUUCUUUGGUGUUUUUAGCAUGGAAAGUAAAAAAAUUUCAACCUUUUAUGAUUAAAUACUUUUGCAGUUCUCCAUUCAAUGAAGCCGUAUGCUGGCCAAUGAUUUUAUCAACAUUUAGUCACUACAGUUUUUUUCAUCUUGCUGCAAAUAUGUAUGUUCUUUACAGUUUUUCUACCAGUGGAGUUGAGGAUCUUGGAAAGGAACAAUUUUUAGGAUUAUACUUAGCUGGUGCAGUUAUUUCAUCAUUUACAAGUUAUUUGUAUAAAAUCUGUAGAUCUCAACACACACUGUCAAUCGGUGCGUCUGGUGCAAUUAUGGCCAUGGUGGCUUAUGUUUGUGUUAAGUACCCUGAUGCUAAGCUUUCUAUUAUUUUGUUACCUUGGAUAGUAUUUUCUGCUGCGAGUGGUAUAAAAAUAAUAAUGAGUCUAGAUGUAUUGGGAAUUUUAAGAGGUUGGGCUUAUUUUGAUCAUGCAGCUCACUUGGGUGGUUCUUUAUGUGGUCUUGGAUGGUGUUUUUGGGGCAACACAUAUAUUUGGCAGAAUAGAGAACCACUUCUCGAAUGGUGGCAUAAACUUCGUUCAAAAUAA